AUGUCGUUCCGGCCAAUGCUCCAGCGACGAGCUGUUGCUCCCAUAGCAGCGACCCUCCUCGCUGGAGGUAUUGCAGUGUACCCUAGACGGACUGCCCACGCGGAAGCGCCCUCGAAUGCUAGAAAACCCAUCUACGAGGAUUAUUCUCCCGAGCCACUUCCCGAACCCACCAGACUUCCCACUCUCUCUUUCUCGACCCCAGCAGAGGAGGAGGCUGCGGCAGAAUCUCCCAGUGUGACCGAACUUCUAGAGGGACAAGUCCGCCGGGCCCGUCUCUUCGUAUAUGCCCAUUCCCUCGCCGCCGAGAACUCGUUCAACGACUUUUUGUCUCGCGUGCUCCGCGUGGAGAAUGCCUUCACCAACACCGUCGCAUCCCUUGCCCCCUCGGCUGAGUCUGGCGAGCGACUAAUGCCAGGCGGCGUCUAUGUCGUAGUGUCGGCCAUGGCCGGGUCGAUUGUGUCUCGAAACCGCGGUAUCUUCCUUCGCAGUGCCACGCCUCUUGCGUUCGGCACCGUUGCCGCCUGGAGUCUGCUGCCCGUGACCAUGAGGAAUGUGUCGGACUUUAUCUGGGAAUACGAGAAGAAGGUGCCCGCCGUGGCUGACAAGCAUCUCAAAACCCACAACUACAUUGCACACGUUUACACCACUGGCAUUGCCCACAGCCAAAUGGGCUAUUAUAUGUUGGAGGACAAGAUCGGAGAGUACCGAGAGAACCUUGAAGGGUGGAUUAAGAAGGGACGGUGA